ACCUAAUUUUCUUUUCAAGGUGCACAUCUGUCUCCGUUGUGCAUGUAGGCCUACAUAAAAUCUAUCUUUUCAUUUUAAACGUUUUAAUUAUGGUUUAUGUGAAGAUAUGGAGUCAGGAGAGAUAAAGAGAAAGGAAAAAGGCAGACAACUGGAUGGCAGAAAGGAAGAAUAGAGUUAGGAAGAGGUCAGAGAACAUAAAGAUGAAGAUCAAUUGGUUGAGGGAAGGUCAAAGAACUAGAUGAGUUUCUUGCCCACAUUUCACUAAGCCAGUCAACCAGAUUCAAAAUGUAUUGUUCUUAUCCAAAUAUACUCUGAGAUUAGAUGUCAAGCUAGAUUUUAUUUUAGAAAGUACCAUUUCAUAUAUAUUCAUGUAUACAGUGACUUGAUUGAUGAAUAUAUGUAUUUUCACAGUCAUGAAUAGUCAUGAUGCUCAACACUCGAAGAGAGACAAAAACGUACAAGGAGAGGCUGAGAAUACGUCCUCAUCAACAGGAAGCAAUGCAGUGACUCCUGAACUCACUCUUGUGUUAAUUGGAAACAAAGAUUCCAUUGAGAUUGGAUCAAAAAACAUCUUACUUGACCAUGACAAGGAGAUACAUGUGAAAGAGUUUUCAUCCAGACUAUAUGACCUCUUUGCUCGUCAGAUCUCAUUAAUUAACAUGCUCGGGUUUCCAAAUAUUGAAAAAGUUCCAGUAAUUAAAGACGAUCAUGCCUUUAUCUUACUGAUAUCAAAUGGACUGCAUGACAGCCAAUACACUUCUGGAAUGCAGUGGUUAGAAAGGAAAAUUGGGAAGGAGCACAGUUCUUAUGUAAUGACAGUUAUGACUCAUGACUCAGAUGACAUUUGUGAAAGUGCACUUCAGGACCUGAAAGCAAAGAGCAGUUUUUCUGAAAAAAGAUACCAUACAUGUACAAGAAGUAUGAUGGAUGAAAAUGAGAUAAUAGCUCUUUUGGAAAAGAUAGAUGACAUGGUCUCUGAAAAUAGACAGAUGACUGAAGGACAAGAAGCCCAUCAUGAAGCAUUAAGGACAGUUAAAGAGACAGAGACUGAUAAUACAUUUGAGGAUGCUGUUGAAGACUUCAAGAAGGAUGACAACUGCAAAGCCAGACAGGCAGAAGUCAGUCCUGGACAAUAUCAACCAACAGACAAAGGACAAAGGAAGAAGGGUGAAACUAAAUUAAAGACAACUCUUGGUGAAGACUCAGAGAUGAAUGAUGACAGCCGAGAACUGCACAAGGAAGGACAAAAGAAGGAAGGCGGAAUGGAUAUUAGCAAGGAAAAUGUUGGUGGUAAAGGCUCAGAAAUUAAUAAUAAACACACAGGAGAAAAGUCUGAAAUCAACACUGCUUCAUGUGAACUAAGCCAGGAAAGUAACAUUUUACAACAUCCAUCCACACCACCACCCACCCACUCCGGUGACAAUGUGGAUGAGAACAAAGAAAAGCCAUUAUGCAACUCUUCUGAGGAAAAAAGAAAAAUAUCACCACAAGAGCCCGAAAUGCUGUUUAAAAGACUUAAACUUCAGGACAAAUGUCAGACAAAGUGGUCACCAAAAGAAUUUAUCCAAAUAGGUCGACCUGUAAAACAGACUAAUGAAAUAUCUGAGAAAGAUCUAGCUUAUGCUUUUCUUCAGAGGUUAAUGAUGUUAGAUCAUAGAGCCAGAUACAUCCCUGUGAAGCAAAAAAGUUGGAUGCAAGCAAUUCACAGGCUGUUCAUAUGUCCAAAGUGA